CCUUGUGACGAGCGGCUCCGGGGUGAAAGUUGGCGGCGGUGGCGGCUCCUUCCUGUCUCACAGCUGCUUCCAAUAUGGCGGCGGCAGCGGCAGCGGCAGGAGCGGCGGCCCAGUCCGACUCGGACUGGCUCCUCACCCGCGACGGCUGCUUGAGCUGCGAGGAAGGCCUGCGCAGCCUGGCCUACCACCCGUCCCUCAACGCCAUCCUGGCCGUCACCAAUCGCUCCACCGUCAAAGUCAUCGACGGCACUUCGGGCGCCGUGCUGCAGGUGUCCCGGUUAAACGCCAAACCAGGAGGUCAGGUGAGGUGUCAGUACUUUCCAGCAGUGGAUAAAGUUGUCUUUGUGGAUGACUAUGCAGUUGGAUGUAGAAAAGAUUUGAAUGGCAUCUUGCUGCUUGAUACAGCACUACAGACCCCUGUCUCGAAGCAAGAUGAUGUGGUUCAGCUUGAGUUGCCAGUUACGGAGGCCCAGCAAUUGCUGUCUGCUUGUCUAGAGAAGGUGGAGGUAUCAUAUAUAGAAGGGUACGAUCAGUUUAUCUCACAAUUGAAGGAUGGGCUGCAAAAUACUUCACAUGAAACAGCAGCAAAUCAUAAAGUUGCAAAGUGGGCAACAGUCACUUUUCAUCUUCCUCAUCAUAUCCUGAAAUCAGUUGCCAGUGCCAUUGUAAAUGAGUUGAAAAAGACCAAUCAUAAUAUUUCUGCCCUGUCCGUAGCCUCAUCUGUAAUGGAUAGGCUAUCCUACCUCUUGCCAAGUGCUCGACCUGAACUUGGUGUGGGCCCUGGUCGCUCAGUGGACAGGUCACUAAUGUAUAGUGAGGCCAACAGGCGAGAAACCUUCACCUCUUGGCCACAUCUUGGAUACAGAUGGGCUCAACCUGAUCCUAUGGCGCAGGCAGGAUUCUAUCACCAACCAGCCUCCUCUGGUGAUGACCGGGCCAUGUGUUUUACGUGUAGUGUUUGCUUGGUGUGCUGGGAGCCCACAGAUGAACCUUGGUCAGAACAUGAACGGCAUUCUCCUAAUUGUCCAUUUGUGAAAGGUGAACACACGCAAAAUGUGCCACUGUCAAUAACAUUGGCAACAAGUCCUGCACAGUUUCCCAGCAUAGAUGUUCCUGACCGAAUAGCAUGUGUUGGCUUUGGAAGUUGUCCUCAUUUCUUGGCUGCAUCAACCAGGCGUGGAAAGAUCUGUAUAUGGGAUGUAUCUAAAAUGAUGAAGGUUCAUUUGAAAUUUGACAUCAACCCAUAUGACGCAGCAAUUUUGAGGCAGAUCUCUAUACCUGAGGUAGAACAUGGGCCAAGUAGUGAUUCCCGGAGGCCAACCCUGGCAUGGUUGGAAGACUCUUCCAGUUGUUCUGAUAUACCAAAAUUAGAAGGUGACAGUGAUGAUCAACUGGAAGAUUCUGAUAGUGAAGAGCAUUCCAGAACAGAUUCGGCAACAGGGCAUACAUCACAGAAGGAGUGCAACAUGGAUGUUAGCAUAGAUGUAACCACAUUGAGUAUUCUUCAGCAGCCUGAAAAGCGUCAAUGGGAAAUAGUGGCAAAUGUAAUUGAGGACACAGUUAAAGAUCUGGAGGAACUGGGUGGAAACACAUCCACUGUCAACAAUAAGAGUGAAAAAACUAAGGAAAAACAUGCUGAGCAGCACAACAUUCCCUAUCCAUGUUUAUUAGCAGGAGUUUUAUUAUCUUACAAAUCUGCUGCUGCUUCUCCUAUUAGUAGUCAGUCACGGAGAUCUUUGGACUCUUUAAGCAGGACUCAAGGUGAAAAUGUGUCUGAGCAAGUGACAAUGGACAAUGAAUCCUGCAGUAACUCAGAACUGAGUUCACCAUCAGUAAGAAGGACCUUGCCUUUAUUGUUGCUUUAUAGCAUUAAAGAAUCUGAUGAAAAGGCAAAUAAAGUUUUUGCACAAAUGAACAAUCUUGUGAAUAAAAGUUUACAUGAUGAAGGUUUCACCGUUCCACAGAUAAUAGAAAUGGAAUUAGAUAGUCAGGAACAACUGUUAUUGCAGGAUCCUCCUAUGACUUACAUUCAGCAGUUUGCUGAUGCUGCAGCUAACCUUGCCUCUGUAGACUCUGAAAAAUGGAGUUCAUUGGUUCCAAAACCUGGUGCCCUAGUCCAUUGCCUGCGGCUGCCAAAGUUUGCUGAAGAGGAGAACCUCCAUGUUGAUUCUAUCACGCCCUGUGCUGACGGAAUUCAUCUUUUGAUAGGACUACGGACUUGUCCUGUUACACCCUUGAGUGCAAUAAGUCAAGUAGAGGCCUUGAAUAAUUUAAAUAAGUUGAACUCUGCACUGUGUAAUAGAAGUAAAGGAGAUUUAGAAUCAAACCUUACCAUAGGGAUUAAUGCAGAUAUUGGUUUUCUUCAGGAAGAGUCACCAACUGACACAAAAAGUCCACUCAUAAUUCAGCCUGAGGAAAGAACUCUGAGUGGUGGUUAUCUUCUGCUUUAUAAGAUUAAUUACAGCACAAGGAUAGUAACUUUAGAAGAGCAACCUGUCAAAGUCCAGCAUAUCAAAGAUCCACAAGACGCGGUUACCUCACUAAUAUUACUUCCACCAGAUGUGUUGGAUAAUAAAGAAGAUGAUUGUGAGGAAUUAAUAGAUGAAGCAACUUUGACUUCAAAAAACGGAAUUGUGAGGGAAAAGAAAUCUAACGCAUCUAAUCUGGGGCACUUAGUGGUCACUACUCAGGGAGGAUUUAUUAAAAUUUUAGAUCUCUCAAACUUUGAAACUCUGGCUAAUGUGGAGCCACCUAGGAAAGAGAGCAGUAAUGAACUAGAUCCUUUUAUCUCAGUGGUGUACUGCUCUGGAACAGACAGACUUUGUGCUUGCACCGAUGGUAAGAAAGCUUCACUCAACCUUUGUCUUAAAAAAUGUGUAAUUGUUUAAAAAGCAGGACUGAAGUUUUCAACUUUUGAUUUGAAAUGCUUUCUGUAUCUAAUGAUUCUCUUGUGAAUUUUUACCCAUCUGGUGUAAUUUUUAUAAUGUUUGUAAGAGCACUCUUUUCCAUAAUUGGGCAUUGUGUUACAUACGAUCUGUGUUGUCAAACUGCAUUUUACAAGCAGUUGAAAGCUUGUUAUACAAUCCUGUUAAGAUAUACUAUCAUUGAUGCAGGGUGUUUGAGGUGAGUGAAUUGGUAUUUUACAUAUCUUUUGAAGCUAACCAUGUUUUUUCCUGUCACAACAGCAGCAAAUAUCUGGCUUAUUUAUUUUAUGAUCUCUACAGAGAUAUCAGAAGUCAUUAACUUUGAAGGAAAUAUUUAAAUUCCCGAUGACCAACUUAAACGAAUCGCACAACAAGAUUUCAGGAUUUAAGACUUUUACUGUAACAGACGAAAAUCAUUGAUUUAAUGCUGCAUAAAGACAACUAAUACUCUGAACUACAGGAGGGAUAUCCAAUAUCGAUUUCCUCAUAUAAUUGAUGUCACUCUGCUCGUUUAUAUGUACUUAAUAGCAUGCUUUCUGAAGAACUGCAGUCAUUCCAGAAAAAAACAACUAAAAUCAAUGUGUUUCUAAACUGGUUCUUAUCUCUCCAUUUUGCAAAGAUGUGACAGGCAGCAACCAUUGAAGUUCUUCUCCCUGAGUCUUCUGAGAAUUCCUACCUCUAAUUUUUAAAUGGUGGACAUAGCUUCACUGUCCAUUCUUUCAACACACGAUUCAGUGAAAUAAUAGGUCUUUAAAAAUAAAGCUAAAUGCCAUGA